CUUUCCCCAUCCAGUCUCUCUUUCUUUACUCCUUCACGAACCUAUUUCUAUCUCACGGUCGUUGCUUCCAAUCUUACCAUGCUCUUGAAAUCGAGCGGCCUGCUUCAAGGCGUUUUAUUCUCUCUAUUGGCUGCUGUCGGGAGUGCCGGCACGCUGCGACGCGCUACAACUUGCAAUGGCCACAGCGAACUUUGCAACAGGAGCUACGGCAAUAUCACCUACAUUGGGGCCCACGACUCUUAUGCCGUCGGCACUAACAAUCUCGCGGUCAAUCAGGACUACGAUAUCACACAGCAACUAACAGAUGGAGUACGGAUGCUUCAGUCCCAGGUGCACAAUAACAGCGGCACUAUCCAGUUAUGUCACACCAGUUGCGUAAGUCCGCAGUCCUCACCGGCGAUUUCCUCCCCCGACGAGUUCGCGGCAGGUCUUGUACAACGGAGGAACGCUCCAAGAUUACUUGACGAAAGGUUCCGAUCUACCCUGCUUGCUUCUUGUCCUCAGGCUGAGAUCGCUUCAGUGAAAACAUGGAUGGAUGCCAAUCCUAACGAAGUGGUGACACUGCUUAUUGUCAACUCGGACAACUUCCCGGCAUCCAGUUUCGCAUCUGUCUUCGCUGCUGCGGGCGUGGACAAGCUCUCGUACGCUCCCACGAGCCUUCCGCUGACAUACAACAACUGGCCGACAUUGAGUACUCUGAUUGACGCGGAGUUUACCAAUAUGUGGGAAACGCCAUUCGAUGUCACGACGUCGUUCGAUUGCAGUGUGAAUCGCUCGCAUGUUGCGGACACUGCGACGAGCAUGUACGUCAUCAACCAUUUCUUCGACACUGUCGUGUUCGGCAGUCCUGUUCCGGAUGUAGCGGAUGCGAACACGACGAACGCCGUGUCAGGAACCAGAGCUCUUGGCACUCAGGCUGCCCUCUGUCAGACCCAAUACGGACGACCACCGACUUUCAUGCUGGUCGAUUUCUAUGAAUACGGCGGUGGUUCCGUGUUUCAAGUCGCGGCCGGACUCAAUGGAGUGACUUAUGCUCCCACUACGCCAAUCGCAGUGCCCAUAUCUACCUCCUCCAGCUCAUCCACUAGUGGCUCAUCUACGACAGGCGGCUCUCCCUCCGAUGUCGUAGUAUCUCGCGCCCAGCUCGGCGCUGCGGUAAUUAUCGCUUCACUCGUCGCAUAUUUCAUGUAGUCGGACCUGUAUCAUUCGCGGACUAUUUGCAUACACAUCUUAUCUAUCCACCAACCUAACAUUCGCUCUGGACUAUCGAAUCACUAGCCUCAGUAACCACUCUAUUCUUACGGUACGCAGUGGCGGUGCGAUAAAAUGUGGCGGUACGAUAAACCUUGUGAGCUGUCAUUUUGGCUGUGCCCGUUUUCUCCUUCUCCACUCGACCACCAGUGUACCAAGCGUGAUUUAUACGAACAAUCAGCAGUCGAAGAGUCCUGUCUCUAUUGAAAUUCUGGGAAUCCUUUGAGCGGCCACAGGAGCCUGACUGUGGUCUCCCUCGCUAAGAAUGGGCAUGCUAUGUAAGGGAUCCUAGACAUCUCGUACGCGAGCACUGCAAGAUGGCUAUGCCAUCGUCCAUGCUAGACGUAGCCCGUGCUUUAGCUGUAUAUCCACCUCCAGCGCGUCGAAUGAACGGGAACAGGUCUUGUGGCAACUGAUCCACCGCAGGUCAAUCACGAUUGGCCGAUGCGAGGCUUCACCGACGGGCGCGGACCAUCACUUCAAGGUUUGCCGCUGCAUCUGCGGCGGCACUGAUGCCGGCAACGAAACGCUUUCGCGGCCGCGACCAAGCCUCGCUGACGGACUUCACCCACUGUCAGCGGCAUGACGAAGAUGGGCGAGCUCUCGGCCAUCCAAUUGCUGACGAUCGGCGGAAGAAGGACACGGUCCGUGGCUCAAACGCGCACAGAUCCUCAUCCGUCCACUUCGCCUCACCGAGUUCAUCCAAGAAUGGGUCACGCGAAGGGUCUGAAGGCUGUGUGAGUCAUGUGGUAGUGCGGGAGGAAGUCAGCUCCGAGGUCCCAUUUCGCUUGUUGUACGAAAGAUCGCGACACCCUGCGUGCAAGACACAGCCUGGAUCAUCAUCUGUUUAGAAGACGCACACAGAGAAGCGGUUGCUCCAUCUUGGGUGUGCGUCUUGCCAGUCGGCCUGAUCCGGACUGCCUAGUCUUUUGUAUCUUGUGUCCAUUUCUGGCAGCGGACACGACCCAGUUUGAUCACGGCCGGGUGUAUUCUUCCGUGCGUACCACCAGGCCGGCCUUGUUGUUUGGUGUACAUGCACAAUCGGUACUGAUCUGUAGGUGCCUUCCCUUCCUUCUGCUCUCACUCUCACUCUCUCGUCCUCCUGACUCAACCUGAUGUUAUUCAUGGAGACUCCGAUUUCAUCGCGCAAUAUGUACAUCGACGAGCCAGUUGACCGUACGAUGGAGUCGAACGGGUACGUAUUGGUUGGUCUCCGAUGGGUCCCAAUGGGUGCCAGUUGGUCCCUAUAUUCCUCUCUAUUUCUCUCGCUCAGCGAAUACAACUGAAGUCUCCAAAGCCAGUGUCGUGAUCACCCACGACGACGAUUGGGGCUACAUCCUCAAGGAUGACGACAUCCCAAAUGCGGUUCAGAAUGUCUGCGACUUCCUGAAGCAAGUAGCACAACGAUUUGACAUCGCAUCCGAGUCAGAAGGCGGCAUCCACUAUCUCAGCCCCAAACUGAAUCGCACGGCAUGGCACAGAACAUCCUCGUCUCCCAUCAGUCCACAAGACGUUCCCACUCGGAUUACCUCAAUCUUGAUGUCUCGUGUCCGGCGACACUCGCUGAACAUGCCGGGGCCCCCUCAUCGUGAACAGUCCCAGAGUCUGCCUUUGCCGGCCAUGAAACUCAAUCAGCUGCAGUAGGAACUAUGCCUGCUUGAAGGAACUCAAUUCGGUCCCAGUUGGCUCGCGGCCUCCAUCUCGCGCCUUGCUUCGACAGUGCCUGUCAGAGGAUUGGAUAGCCCUGUUUCAUCUGCAGAAGAUGGCUUCUUUACACCGCUCUGCUCGACUGUUCACGCGACAUGUCCAUAGUUAUGAUGUGAGUGCAGACGGGCUCAAAGAGAAGGUCGUCUGCCACUCUUGCUCUGGCUGCAUAAUUAAAUCGUCGGCGUUAUAAGUGUAUUUAUGUACUCUGAUUUUUUUUGUGGAAUCCUGGACCAAGUCUACAAGUCUUGUAAUCUUUCGCUGGCUAACUGGAGUCUGG